UAGAGGGGUCAACUUGGUAUCAGAUAUAAUUUGCAGGGGUCAAUAAACUAAGACCAUGCGCAUCAGGGGAUCAUGAGGGGGUCGUGGACUCGAGUUUUUAAGCCCGAAUGAUUUAAAGAAAAUGAAAAAUGGGUUUUAAUCGACGAACCGGGCCUUACGCUUGAACCCGUAAGAGGCGAGUUCAAGCCACGCGUCGGGCGCUGAGUGGCUUCUCCUUUCCGCGUUGACGACGAGGUCGAAAGGGUUUCCGCGUAACGCGAUUCAUUUGUCUCCUCUCUGAAAAACCUAGGGUUUCAAGACGCGGAGGCGACACACCGUGCGACGGCGAAUUCCGGAGGUUUUCUCCAUCAAAUCGACUCUGUAAUCUCUUCUCGACGCUCUUAGGUCAGUAUUACUUAAAUUCACGGUGAGUUAGCGUCGAUUGAAUGUUCGAAAGGGAUUUGCGAUUUGUAUGAUUUAAAAUCGAUUUGGGAAUUUUUUUUUUAGGGUUCUUAAUCGAUAUGGUAGUUCGAUUGAGGGUUGAAUUGGUUCGAUUUUGUGGUGGAAACUCGAAACCGUUUCUCUGAAUGUUGAAUUGGUUCGAUUUUUUUAAAAUCGUUUCUCUGAAUGUUCGAAAGGGAUUUGCGAUUUGUGUGAUUUAAAAUCGAUUUGGGGUUUUUUUUUUAGGGUUCUUAAUCGAUAUGGGAGUUCAAUUGUGGUAAUGUGUGCUAAUAAUCUGUCGUUAAUGUGUGCUAAAAAUUGCGAUUGAGGGUUCACGGUUUGUUUAAAACUCGAUUGUUGCAGAUGGAAACUCCCCGAGAACCUCAUUUCUUCAAGCCUCUUCUUCCUGGUUUUCAAAGUGGCGUCGCAAUACCACUUGACUUCUACUCAAAACACAUACAAGGGGCUGAGAUCAAUAAACCAUGGAAGCUAAGAUCGGACGCUUCGGAUCAAAUUUGGGAGGUGAUCCGAGAAGGCAGGACACUCACCAAAGGUUGGAAAGAGUUCACCGAAGCACAUGAUCUUCGAAUCGGUGACAUUGUCAUCUUCAAACACGAAGAAGACAUGGUCUUUCAUGUGACUCCUUUUGGUCCUAGCUGUUGUGAGAUUCUGUAUACACAUCCUCACAUCGUUAAGGAAGAAGCCGACGCGGAUGAUGCUCCUACUUUCUCAUACGACUACUGCUUCUUGGCUGAGGUUACUCCUACAAAUCAAAAGGACGACAAAAUGUUUCUUCCUGUGGAAGCUAUGAGGUGUGGUGCUUUGAACCAACAAUGCAAAGAGGUCAAACUUGUCAACAAGGAGGGAAAGUCAUGGACUGCGCGCUUCGGAUUUAGCGAAUCAGACGGCGCAUAUUACAUCACCAGAGGGUGGAGAAAGUUCUGUCGUGAUAACAGAUGCACCAACGGAGAUUUGUUUGUGUUCAACGUGGUUGGAGACGGGACGACAACUCCAUUACUGUGUGUAUGUCCGGAAAGGAAGGAGUGUACUGAACUACUGAUCAAGCACUUUAGCAGAAUCGAUGGUAAGUCUUCUCAUUUGACUUGUUUGUGUUGUCUAUAUCUUCAAUGUUACUACUUUGCUUAUGCUUUAACUUGUGUUCUCUUAUUCUACAGGUAGCAUUGUUUCUACCUCACGAAAUUAGAUGGCUCUUUUGCGGUCUUUCCUCUCUAUCAUCUUAACUUGUUUCUUUUUGUUUCAUUAGCAACUUAUCAACUUAUGUAUUUCGGUUUGUAAAACUUGAAUGGUUUUUCUAUGUGAACUUUUAUGCUAAGUUAAACAUUCUCGAACUUAAUUCCUUUGUUGAAUGCGUAGACUGAUCAUCGAACAAAAUGUUUCUAUGAAUUGAAUUUAAGUUAAGAAACUUGGCUAAAAUUUUAAAACAUAGCUUUUCUACAUUUGAAAACACAAACCAAAAUAUUAAAACAUUUUUCGAAAGCCAAAACUUAAACUCCAAAACUCUAAAAUAGCUUUUCUACAUCUAAAAACACAAACCAAAAUAUUAAAACAUAUCUCAAAACCAAAACUUAAACUCCAAAACUAAAACAUAGGUUGAAUAAAAUGUUUUCAUAAAUUUUAUAAUAUAUUUUAAUAUUUUUUUCAUGUAUUCUGAAUAAUUUUAAAUUUAAAAAAAAAUUAAAAAAAUAUUAUUAUUUUAUUCCUAUGAACUCCUUCUUCGGAUUCACUAAUGCAGAAAACAACAAAUUCGGGUUCAUAACUGUUUAUGGGCCCA